AGAAAUUGGUGAAAGUGUGAGAGGAGAAGAUGUGUAUAUCAUCCAGAGUGGCUGUGGAGAAAUAAAUGACAACUUAAUGGAACUGCUUAUCAUGAUCAAUGCUUGCAAGAUUGCAUCAUCCUCCAGAGUGACUGCUGUAAUUCCAUGUUUUCCUUAUGCCAGGCAAGAUAAGAAAGAUAAGAAGGGGUCCGUGGAGCGUUGGAGUCGUGCUCCGAUCUCUGCAAAACUUGUUGCCAACAUGCUGUCAGUUGCAGGGGCUGACCACAUCAUCACCAUGGAUUUGCAUGCUUCUCAGAUCCAGGGUUUCUUUGACAUUCCAGUAGAUAACCUGUAUGCAGAACCUGCAGUGCUGCAGUGGAUUAAAGAGAACAUUGUGGAGUGGAGAAAUUGUAUCAUAGUUUCACCUGAUGCAGGUGGUGCAAAAAGGGUUACUUCAAUUGCUGACAGACUGAAUGUGGAAUUUGCUCUCAUUCAUAAGGAAAGGAAGAAGGCAAAUGAAGUGGACAGAAUGGUCUUGGUUGGUGACGUGAAAGACCGAGUAGCAAUUCUUGUUGAUGAUAUGGCUGACACAUGUGGCACAAUAUGUCAUGCAGCAGACAAGUUAGUAUCUGCCGGAGCUACUAAAGUUUAUGCCAUUCUUACACAUGGCAUCUUUUCUGGUCCUGCUAUUUCUCGGAUUAAUAAUGCAUCGUUUGAGGCUGUUGUAGUAACUAAUACAAUCCCCCAAGAAGAGAAAAUGAAACACUGCCCAAAAAUUCAGUUUAUUGACAUUUCCAUGAUCCUGGCUGAGGCAAUUAGAAGAACACACAAUGGUGAAUCUGUGUCUUACCUGUUCAGUCAUGUUCCCUUGUAACUGCAGGAGGUUACACUGCGUUGUUGCAAAGGUCCCUUCAGCUAGCACUGUUGUUUUUAACAAUGCAUCUCAACCAUGAGAAAUUAGUAUCUUUGUACAAUUCCAGAGCUUUUAUGUUUAAUUAUUUUAUUUGUCUUGUAAUUACCAUUUGUUCUUUGUAAAUGGGCAAUAAAUUUCAGUCUUGCAGAAA